ACACGCCCCAACGUAGAAACCCACUUCAAUCUCUCUCGCUCUCUCUUGUCCGAUACGGAAAAAAAAUAAAAGGAAAAAUUAUUUCCUUUCUCUUUAUCUGGGUCUCCGUCUGGUUUGACUGCGUCCUACUUUCUUCUUCAUUCACUAUUUUUUUUUUUUCCGAAUAAAAAAAAUUCUAAAUAAAUCACACUAUUACACAUAAAGUCGUAAUUUUUUCUCUGUUUUCUUCGUUGAUUUCAUUAUAUUUGAGCCCAAGAUCUUUCAAACUGAAGUUACUGGGUUUUUUAAUUUUAUUUUUGUUUUGUUUUGGAAGGUCAAGAGUGGUUCAGUUUCAUAUUUAGGGUUUUGGUUUUUUUAUAUUCUUUUUGUACAGUGGAUUAAAAUUAGGAUGUUAAUGAGAUGAUGAAUCAAGGAGGGAAUACUCAGACCGUGGCUUCACUUGACCCUAAUUUGGUUGAGAAUCGAUACGUUGUUGAUGCUAGUCAAUCACAAACAUCAUAUCUUCCCACAACAACUGGAUCUGGAGCUGUGUCAUGGAAUACACAUGUUGUAGAUAAUCACUCCAUAGAGAAUGGAAGUCUUCCAAAUUCCACUUAUCACCAUGAGCAACAGACAGAACCGCUUGUAAGGAAUGUUCAAGAGGGAGUAAAUGCGACAUCUGUAGCAAGUUCAUCAAAUUCAGGAACAACUGCUGUAUCACAAGAUUACAGUGGCUAUACUCCUUACCUAAAUUCUAGUGAUCCAUAUAGUUAUGGAAACACUGGAUACCCAGGUUACUAUAGCAGCUAUCAGCAGCAACCUAACCACUCGUACUCCCAGCCUGUAGGAGCAUAUCAAAAUACAGGUGCUCCUUAUCAGCCUAUAUCUUCGUUUCCGAAUUCAGGGUCUUAUCCUGGGUCUGCAAGUUAUUCAGGCACUUACUACCAUCCUGGUGAUUAUCAGAAAGCUGGAAGUUACCCAAGUAGCAGUUACAAUAAUCAGUUGAACUCAUGGAAUGAAGGCAAUUAUGCAAAUUAUAAUCCUCAUCAAUAUACAAACUACCCUGCAGAUGCAAGUGGCACUUACAAUUCUGGUACUGCAGCUGCGCCUGCGCCGUCACUGCAAUAUCAACAACAGUACAAUCAAUGGACAGAUUAUUAUGGUUCAACAGAAGUUAGCUGUGCUCCAGGGACAGAGAAUAUGCCCGUUGCUACUGCUUCUAACCAAGUUACUGCUCCUGGUGGUACAGUUGGUUACCAAACUACAAACAGCCAGCCUCCCACUACUUAUCCUUUGCCCUGGCAGCAGGAUUCAAGUUCAUUGCAAAUGCCUGUAUUACAGCCAACUGCACCAAUCAAUGGUUCUCAUGAUAGUUACUGGAAACAUGGUGCUCCAAGUUUCCAAAAUCAUCAUCUCAGUCAUUUGCAGUCUCAGUUGCAAAAGCCUAUGGAGUCAAAAACUCUUUAUGAUAAUUUUCAGGAGCAACAAAAAGUUGCAUGUCCUCAAGGACCCAAUUCGCCUUAUCCCACUGCUCAGCAGGCACCUCAAAAUUUUCAAUCACCACCUGUACAGACUUCUUUAUUGGAUAAUCGAAGGGCAAGCAACUUGCAGAUUCCUACAAAUCCUAGAAUUGCUUCAAAUUUGGCCAUAGGUUUACAGAAAACCAACAAGGAUAGCUCAGCCACUACUGCUGCAAAACCUGCUUAUGUCUGCAUUUCGAUGCCAAAACCAAAUGAGAAAGUGUUGUCUAAUGAUGCUGCUGAUUCAAUACUCAAGCCUGGUAUGUUCCCUAAAUCACUACGUGGUUAUGUUGAAAGAGCCUUGGGUCGAUGUAAAGAUGAUACAGAGAUGGCAACUUGUCAAGCUGUCAUGAAGGAGAUAAUUACUAAGGCAACAGCUGAUGGGACACUCUACACACGAGACUGGGAUACCGAGCCUCUUUUUCCUUUACCUAAUGGGGAAAUGGUCAACAAAGACAGUUUGCAGAAUUCAACUCCUGUUUCUGCACUAUCAAAGUAUAAGAGGAGUCCAAGUAGACGAACCAAAAGUAGAUGGGAGCCUUUACCGGAGGAAAAAUCAAUUAACAAGUCAGCUUCUGCCAGUAAUGACGCGGUAAAAUUUAGUGGCUGGACUCAUUCCAAUGAGAAGGAUAAAAAGCCUUUUUGUGGGAAUAUGAGCAAGGAGAAUGGCUUGAGUAAUAUUAAAAUUCUUCUGUCUGAGCAGAAAUCUGCAAAUAAAAGUACCCAGAGGCCAGUUAAGAGGCAGCGUGUUGCAGCUGAUGGUUUUAAUGCACUAGACAAUGGUGAUGCAUCAAGUGAUAGUGAUAAGGAACAAAGUUUAACAUCAUAUUAUUCUGGUGCUAUAGCACUGGUUAAUUCACCAGAGGAAAGAAUGAGACGUGAAAAUCGUUCAAAGCGUUUUGAAAAAGGCCAAGGAAAUCGAGUAGAAACUAAUCACUUCAGGCCUAGAAUUGCUGGUGCUGGAAACUUGUAUGACCGGAGGGCAAGUGCCUUGGUGAUUAGCAAAAACUAUGAAGAUGGUGGCAGCAGGGCUGUGGAAGACAUUGAUUGGGAUGCAUUGACUGUUAAGGGGACCUGCCAGGAAAUUGAGAAACGUUAUCUCCGUCUCACUUCCGCACCUGAUCCUUCCACUGUGAGACCAGAAGAAGUGUUGGAAAAAGCUCUGCUUAUGGUUCAGAAUUCACAAAAGAACUACCUUUACAAAUGUGAUCAGCUGAAGUCUAUUCGUCAAGAUCUAACUGUGCAACGGAUACGCAAUCAUCUAACAGUUAGAGUUUAUGAAACUCAUGCUCGAUUGGCGAUAGAAUAUGGAGAUUUGCCCGAAUAUAAUCAGUGCCAAUCUCAGCUGAAAAUCCUUUAUGCGGAAGGAAUUGAGGGAUGCCAGUUGGAAUUCUCUGCUUACAACUUACUUUGUGUUAUCUUACACUCAAACAAUAAGAGGGAGCUCUUACUAGGGAUGUCAAGAUUAUCAAAUGUUGCAAAGGAGGAUGAGGCUGUUAAGCAUGCCCUUGCAGUACGUGCAGCGGUUACUUCAGGGAAUUAUGUUAUGUUCUUCAGACUAUACAAGACUGCGCCUAACUUGAACACUUAUUUUAUGGAUCUGUAUGUAGAAAAGAUGCGUUUUAAGGCUGUAAGCUGCAUGUCUCGGUCAUAUCGUCCUAUGGUACCUGUUUCAUACAUUGCUCAGGUCUUGGGCUUCGCAAGUGUCAAUGAAGGAUGUGAUGAAAAGGACACGGAUGGAGUAGAGGAGUGUGUGGAGUGGCUGAAGGCACAUGGUGCAUCUCUUGUUGCAGACAAUAAUGGAGACUUGCAAGUUGAUGCAAAGGCUUCGUCAUCUUCACUGUUCAUGCCAGAACCAGAAGACGCUGUGUCCCAUGGAGACAGUAAUCUUGCAGUAAACGAUUUUCUAACACGGGCAUCCUCAUCAACAAGCUGAUUGUUUACUUAAUCGAUUCAAUUGACAGCUUAACCAAAUAGGUGCGGCACCAACUACAAGAAGGAGAAGGAGCCUGAACUUUCUGAUGGAUUGUCUGUAACUUGUAGAGAAGGUAUAGAUCACAGCCGUAUUAAGUGUUGUUGGUACAGAAUCAGAAUUCAAAUUCCCCUGGCAGAGGGAGGGGCAUUGUAGCUUUUUAUUGGAUUUCAAUUUUUUUUUUAUAUGAAAUUCGUCAUUCUUUCUGGUGAAGAAUUGACAUAUCAGAUUUAUUUUGUUCCACUUGGAUUCGGAAUAACAAAUCAAAUGCAUGGUAAAGAAGAAAUAAGCAAGGUUAAU